AUGCCCCGCCAUUCAAUUUCUGCGCAUAUGUCUCAAAUAACUGAUGGCGACAUAGCUUUGAUCACUCCCAUCUCACCCUCAAAUGCACCUUGGGACCAGUGUCCUCCAUCAUACUCUGGAAAUGCAAUGAACACUAUUGGGUGGAGUUACUACCCUCUACCACCGUCCCCGCCUAUCUCUGUCGGCUCAAAUAUCACUGACUCUCCUGGACCUGCAUCUUCUAAUACAACUCCUGACUCUGCACGAGACAAGGAACAACAAUUGUGCUUGCCUACACACCAGGUCUUUGACUUCCCUGAGGUGCCGAAUGUAUCGUCACCUUCACCAUCUAUCUCUCCACCGCUAUCAAAGUCCUCUCAGCCACCUAUUUCCAUUGACACUCACAUGCAUGCGGAAGGGCUAUCUUCCCUCCCUGUCGCAGGCCCUUCGAAGAGACCACGAACUGGCGGAGAGCGUAUCACAACGAAAGACUUUGUGCCACCUGAUGUAUCAGGGCUGAGUAAACGUGAAGCACGUCUGGUCAAGAACCGCGCCGCUGCUUUCCUCAGUCGACAGCGGAAGCGGGAGGAAUUCGAGGCUAUGGAGAUUCGCGUCAAGGAGCUAGAAGAUGAUAAUGUGCGGCUGCAAACUGCUGCCAAAAGAGGACACGCCUAUGACGAGCUGCUCUCGGAAGUCGAACAAAUACGCACUCGCCUUUCUGCAUCUGAAAAAAGGGGGCGCGAGUUGAAGGCCGAACUUUCACGAAGAUCAAUCAGUGAUGUCCACGUGAAGACAGAAAACUACGAACACUCUUUGACACCAGUCUCGCCAUCUGCCUCGUUGCCAAUGCACUCUCAUCAGAGAUCAGGAGCAAGUCUCGGCCUGAUGGUUCUCCUAUGCACGCUACCGGCGUCCCUUCUUUCCAUGUCUCCAAGAUCACUUCCCACGACAUACUAUAUUCCCCCGACGGAUCCCUCGGUCCUACACCCCUCGUGCAACUUCGACUACAACUCCAUCAUCCCAACAGAUUUCGAAUGGACACCACAUCCUGACGGGGGAGCAGUGAUGAACCUCGGUUUUAGCGAUCUCGGAAAGCUUUCUUCGGGCGCUGGAUCUUCGUCCCCUCGCAAAGUUGAAAUCCACUCCGAAGCCAUCAGAGCCCUUGGGGGAUUCGAAAUUUCCUUCGAUGUCAGUCCAGUCAAUGACGGAAAAGUUCAGGUUCGGAUCUAUCCUUCCCAAUCACACCAUAUCAACCGGGAUCCCCAACGUCCACCCCCAUCCUCGAUGCCUAUGUGGUUCGAGUCAGCACCAAAUAACUACAACUUUGCAGGUGCCUUGACAUUUACCGCAUCGUCGACACCGGGAUCGUCUUUCGUACCGUUGACUAGCGAUUUUGACUUGGAUCCUUUUCUGGGUGGAGUUCACGACUCAGGAAUGCCGUAUGGCAGUGGUGGACCGGCGUUCGGCCACCAUCCAUCGGAUGCCACAUUUGAACAUAUACCAGGGUUUUUGAAUGGCACUCGCAACGACUUCUCCAAACACCGUUCGCGAGUUGCCAUGAGAAACCUGCCAGCUGUCGGGAUGGAAGGAGAGUGGGAGGUUCAAGCCUGUUAAUCCUACCGCAGUCGGUCAACCGCGUUACUCGACAGCCGUUACUCAUGUCCCAUCUACUACUUGCACUCAGCUGCUCUGAUUGAAGUUACCUGGAUAAACCUCAUCGGAAUUUAUAUCACUAGUAUCUACUUUACUGGCUUGAGCUGGCCUUGAAGCAAUUGCUCGCAUUAUUUUUUC